CUGGCCUCCUGAGUGGGGCCAGCUUGGAGGAAUUUCCCAAAGCCUAUUAGAGCACCGGCAGCCUCCCGCCUGCCUCCCCGGGCUGGGCAGGGCUGAGGGCGGAGGGAGAGAGCAAGGGAGGGGGAGAGGAGGAAGAAAAAAAGUUGGCAGGCCGACAGCAGCGCCGUGUCUGCAUCCAUCCCGAGAGGAGGCCCGUGUGGUGUGGGGCGGGCCCGGGCUCGAGGAGAGGCCUUCCUCCCUUUGUGCUCCCCCCGCCCCCCAGGCCUAUAAAUAGGCCCAGCCCGGGCUGUGGCUCAGCCCUCGGAGGGAGCCGAGCACCAGGCAGCAGUCUCCAGCCAAGCCCCCUGCCAGCAUGGCCAGCGAGUUCAAGAAGAAGCUCUUCUGGAGGGCGGUGGUGGCCGAGUUCCUGGCCAUGACCCUCUUCAUCUUCAUCAGCAUCGGCUCUGCCCUGGGCUUCAACUACCCGGUGGGGAGCAACCAGACGGCGGUCCAGGACAACGUGAAGGUGUCGCUGGCCUUCGGGCUGAGCAUCGCCACGCUGGCCCAGAGCGUGGGCCACAUCAGCGGCGCCCACCUCAACCCGGCCGUCACACUGGGGCUGCUGCUCAGCUGCCAGAUCAGCAUCCUGCGGGCCGUCAUGUACAUCGUGGCCCAGUGCGUGGGGGCCAUCGUCGCCACCGCCAUCCUCUCGGGCAUCACCUCCUCCUUGUCCGUGAACUCACUCGGCCGCAACGAGCUGGCGAAAGGCGUGAACUCAGGCCAGGGCCUGGGCGUCGAGAUCAUCGCCACCCUGCAGCUGGUGCUGUGCGUGCUGGCCACCACCGACCGCAGGCGCCGCGACCUCGGGGGCUCGGCCCCGCUCGCCAUUGGCCUCUCUGUCGCCCUGGGACACCUGCUGGCGAUUGACUACACCGGCUGCGGCAUCAACCCCGCGCGGUCCUUCGGCUCUGCGGUGAUCACCCACAAUUUCAUCAACCACUGGAUUUUCUGGGUGGGGCCGUUCAUCGGGGCAGCCCUGGCUGUGCUCAUCUACGACUUCAUCCUGGCCCCGCGCAGCAGCGACCUCGUAGACCGCGUGAAGGUGUGGACCAGCGGCCAGGUGGAGGAGUACGACCUGGAGGCGGACGACAUCAACUCCAGGGUGGAGAUGAAGCCCAAAUAGAAGGGGGUCUGGCCUGGGCAUCCACGUGGGGGGGCAGGGGCGGGCUGGAGGGAGGGGAGGGGUGAAAUCGAUACUGCAGACACUCUGACCGGCCGGCCAAAGUCACUUCCCCGCGACCUGCCAGCCCUGCGUGGUCAAGCCUCCCUUUGGCGGUGUUUCUAUCUCUUUCUUUCUCUUUCUCUGUUUCCUGGCCUCAGAGCUUCCGGGGGACCAAGAUUCACCAACUCACCCACUCUCUCGAAGUCGCAGAGGAGGUGACAGAGAGGGACCCACCUGUUAGUUGUCUCCUCAGAGUGUGAUGGGAGGUUGCCGGGAAGUCCCCCCUCACCCCGAAGUCACUCACAGACUCACCUGCGCAGGUGCCUGGGUUCCACCACCGUGGCCUUGUGCCUUCGGGCGUGGCCCUCCUUCUCCAGAUGGGCAUCUGGCCUGGCGGUGCUCUAGGGUGCAGGAGGUCCCAGGAGAGGCAGGGGCCCUAUCUCAGGGCCUCGGGGACCCCCAUCUGGGAGGUGGCAGGAUGGGGAGAGCUCUGUGGCCUGAGGCACCCCUAGGAUUCUGCAAGUGUAGACAUGCCCUGGGUUCUAGAAGAUGUAGUCUAGACCAGUGCUGCUUUUCCCACUUGCCCUGUGUUCUGUCCCUGAGGACGGAGCUGCAGCCACAUCUCUGUGUACGUGUGGGCACAGGUGGGCCCAGGUGGGCCCAGGUGGGCAUGGGUAGACAGGUUUCAAUGCAGAGAAUGACACGCAGUCCAGGUGGCUGGAAGUUUCUCUCCCCUAGGGAGAGGCUCCCAGACGGCCUGCUGUUGCAGAAGGAAGGCCGUUUGGAGGGAAGGAGGACACCCGCGUCACUUCAAUGAGCUUUUAGUUGGUUUCUACCUGUUACUGGUUCACAUGGAUCAGUGCUUCAGUUGCCACUUCCUCUUGCCAGCGUAGAGACGCAGGUCACCAUUGUGCUGGCAUGUGUUUAUUAAAGAGCGCUUGGGUCAUCUGAAGCCCAAAGCCUGAGCACAGAGCAGCCCUGACGCAAUGAGCCCAGGAAGGCAGUGUCCCUGCCGGGCCCCGGCUGACGCUGAGCAGGGAGGAGCACGUCCCUCCCCUAGUCACGAGCCCCUGCCUGGAGGUACCUGCACAGACUCGCUGUCCCACCCCAGCCGCAGCCUUCCCUCCUUACCGACCCUCGGUGGGGAGGCCAGGCCUGGGCCUGAUGAAGUAGCUGCCGCUGCAGCCCAAGGACAGUUCAGAGCCCCGAGUCUGCUUGGGGGCCGAGUUCUCCCACUCAGCUAUCUAUGCGAGUCCAUUUGAUCCCAUGGGGGCCCCAGCAGCUCUGCCACUGUGCCCUUAGCCAUGAUGGCAACAGAAACCAAGAGACAUGAUGACACAGGUAUUUAGAUGCAGUGGGACGACUGGGAGGCCCUUAACUGUCACCAACACAUGACAUCUGCACACUCUCUUCUCUAUUCCCUAGCAGGAAAUUCUAGCCCAUUUAAUGGAUAAGGAAACUGAGGCCUAAGGUCCCACAGCAAGAGAAUGAUGUGGCCACGUCUAGCACCAAGGCCAUGUCUCUGCCACUCCCUGGACUGUGAGGCCGGCCUCUCUCGUUCCCAGCUUCGCGGCCGCUGCCUGGGUGGUGGCCAGGGGCCAGGAGGGUGAGGGCUGUGACGGAGGGGAGGGGGCAGACCCGCGCCUGCCUGGCUCUGGCUGCUGCACACCAGGGCCCUGCAUCUGUCUGCUCUGCAUAUACGUCUCUUUGGAAUUGGAGUUUCAUUAUGUAUUAAGAAAAUAAAGGAAAAUGACUUGCAAGGUC